GGACACGCAGGACAGCCGUUCCCUGCAGCCCUGCUCCUCCGCAACCAAGCCUCAGAGCGUUGGGCCACCUUGUCACCUCAGGCACAACCAUGCUGAGGACGGCAGUGCUGCUCUCAGUCCUGCUCGGUCUUGUUGGCUUUGGAAAAGGACAGACGUUUCACAUGGGACCAUGUCCAGACCCACCAGUCCAAGAAAACUUUGAUAUCGCCAAGUACCUUGGAAAAUGGUAUGAGAUAGAAAAGCUGCCAUCAAAUUUCGAAAAAGGAAGCUGCAUCCAGGCAAAUUAUGUGAUGAAGGAGAACGGAAAGAUCAAAGUGAUCAACAAGGAGCUGCAGUCUAACGGCAAAGUUAAAGAAAUCGAAGGAGAAGUCAUGCAUAUGGAUGUAAAGGAGCCAGCCAAGUUGGGCAUCAGCUUUAACUGGUUCACACCUUAUGCCCCUUACUGGGUGAUCUCCACUGACUACGAAAACUACUCGCUGGUUUACUCCUGCACUAACAUUAUCUGGCUCUUCCACGUCAACUAUGCCUGGAUUAUGUCAAGAGCUCCUGAGAUGCACCCGGAAACCGUGGACAACCUGAAGAGCCUUCUCCAGUCCUACAAGAUUGAUACCGAGAAAAUGAUGCCCACGGAUCAACUUAACUGUCCUCCUGAGAUGUAACUCCGACAGCACCACACCGGCUGCAAACUCUGUUGCUUUCCUUAGCAUCCACUAGGACUUCUUUACGUAGAGUCAUAACCCCUCUGCUAAUGGUAGUUUGCCAGACCUGACCGUUACUCCUUGUAGUUGAUCUCUCUAUUGUUAUUCCUCCUUUUUUGUCUCACUCUGACUGACUUUUGCAGAGUAACUGAUUGAUUCAAAGCUAAUGGGUGAAGAAAAGAAAUCCUGAAGUGCAGAUGUGAAGUUUUGCUGUUGCUGUGAAUCCUCAAGUGUGUGGACACAAAAGGGUAUGAGAUGUGAUGUACAAGUAUUAGUCCUGGGGGAAGACCUUUUAUUGUGCACCCACAGGUCUGUUUCCUAUUUUUGUUCUGAUGUUUCUAGGCCUGUUAGGUAUACGCAGCGGCUGAGCUACAUCACAGGCACUGCCUCCCCAGCUGCAAUGGUUGGACAUAGCGGGGUCUGUCCUGCAGUCUAGGAAUCGCCACUGGGAUGUUUGAACAUGUUUUCUGGUGCAGGGAUGUAGACAUGUGUUCCUGCCAAGCCAGCAAACCUUCUCACCAAACUCCAAACCUAGCCCUUUGCAUUUAAAGUCUGAGAAGCCUAAAAGGUCCAGAAAUUCAGCAUUGCUCCAUCCCCUCAUUGUGCAAACGUGUCCUCCCUUGCCUCUAGCGAGGUUGGUCCUGCACCACCAAUGGGUCAGCUCUGAGAGUACCUGUUAACAGGCAGAAAGAGGUGGGUUCGUUCCCUUGUCCAUGCGCAGGACGGGCGAGGGGCAAACGCGGCUCUCAUCCUGCCUGUGAAAUGUAUCGCGCGCCAGAGGCUUUCCCCUGAACCCCUCCAGCGGGGAGACUCUGCCUCAUGUACUGCUCAUCGCUUUCGUAUUUGUCUGAGCGCCCUGAUGGCACUGCAUCUGCCCUGGCAGAUGUUCACAGGGCGCUGCUACGACUCUGCUUAAAUAGCACUGAUGCAACUCAUUAAAAAUGAAAUGAAAAGAUCUGCUC